AUGCAAAGAAAAAGACGCUGUGCUUUCGAUUCAGAUAGUUUGGAGGAAUAUAUUUAAGUAGAAAAUAAUUUAAAAAUGAGCUGGCAACUAUUGGGUAGAAUUAAACUAACCUAUUCUAUGAUGAUAAAAAAUUAAAUUGGUUAAACAAGAGUAAAUAAGUAGAUGAUGAUGAGGAAGUACUCAAGGAUAUUGAAGGAUUCGAACAUAACUAUAGUUCUCCAAGGGUGGAUUAUAUUGACACUUCUGAAUUACCUCCCGAUAUAGUUUUGAAAUCAGGAGACGAUAUAUUUUCUCAUCAUAUAAUGAUAUUGGGAGAUAUCAAUUAAUAUGUGAAGCAAUCGUUAACCAUGUUUUGCAUGUAGAGUCGUAAAAAUAGUAGUGAGGAUUUCGACGAAGAGUUGAUAUCUCCGAUUAAAAGGUAUAUAUUAAUAUUUCACACACUAAGCAAACUUUGUUUAGAUUUAGCCAUAAAGAGAAUUCAAGAAAAAAAUGGAUUGCACAUUGUCAAGUUUCUCAUGCAUGAUAUGACGAUAUAGAAUUAUGGUCCAAUCAUUAAUGGUAUGUCCAUUUCAAGAUCAUAGUUUACUUUCUCUAAACUUCCAAUUACAUACUUAUUUUUAAUAUCGAUCAGAAUGACUUUUAAGCUUAGAAGGAACAAGACAUGAUAGAAACUGUUAAGUAGAAGGCUUCGACUGUGAAGAACAUCUACGUUGUGUAUUUUACGGAAUCUGAUGUAUAGGAUCAAAGAAUACCUAACAAAUAUUAUUGCAACAGAUGGAGUAUAAGUGUGAUUCUUUCAUAAGUAUACUAUAUAAAUUAAAACUAAGAUCAUAGAACAAGUCAUUAAUUAAUGA